AUGCCUCUCAAGCCGGCAGCUAGGAAUGUGUUCAACUACAACCGGGCUAUCCCACGUAUGAGUUGGGCUCCUGAGAACCUCUUCAAUCUAUGGCAACGUACAUCCUCUGAAUCACCCAUAAAACGAACCCAUGACUUUACGCGUACCAACUCUACACCGUAUCAACUUCGUUUCACCGCUAAGAGAUUGUUGAGGGGAUACCAUGGGGAUCAUAUAGGAUAUACGAAAUUCUCAAGAUGGUAUAUGCCUGAAAAGCUACCUGCGAUCCACGAAUCGAGUUCGGGCGGGAGCUCAGAAGUGAAUAAAUGGGUUGAAGGAAGAGAGAGGUCAGGUGGACGUACGACCGAUGACAAAAAUCAGAAAAGGAAGGAAAAAAAUUCGAAAGCUCCUAUUGGGACAAUGUUAUUCGCGGAUGUAGAGAGAAGAUUGGAUGUAUUGAUUUUUAGGAGUUGUUUUGCGCAGAGUGUUUGGGAGGCUAGGAGGUAUGUCGUUCAGGGGCAUGUUAAGCUGAAUGGACAAAUUGUCCGCAAUCCGAAUGUCAUGUUAGAACCAGGAGAUCUAUUCUCAGUCGAUCCCAAAAUCAUACACAUGUUACAACCUCCUUCAACCUCGACUUCCACCCCUGCCCAAGAUGAGGUAUCUGCCGAAUCGGAAUCACCGGAAGAAGUAGGCGCUACAGCCUCAUCGUCAGGCGACGCAGACUCUUCUUCACCUACCGAAGCAUCCGCCGCAUUACAAACACCAACAACCACAUCCCUUCCUGAUCAACCUUUAUCCUCAUCUUCAGCUUUGAGCCAUUUCAACUUGCCUUCUUAUGCCCAACCACACAUCUUCGUUCCAGCUUAUAUCCUCCCAUCGUAUCUCACCUGCUCCGCAGUCUAUGUCAGACACCCAACAGCUCGACCGGGAUACUCUGAGAUUCCCUCGCCUUACGAUGCUGGGGGUGAACUGAUGAGUCUGGGGUGGGAGUACUUCAAGAGAUCUAUGCCUAGGAUGAGAAAGAAGACUGAUAAGUGGCCUAACCCAUGGGGAGGGUAUGGUAAGAAGUAG